UUCACUGGGACGGAGCGUCAUUGCCUCCCCUGGCUCUUUCCUAGGAAUCUUAUUUAACAGUGCAAUUCCCUGGGUUGCAAUUCACUCAUUCCUGAAAAGGCCCUCAUAUAAAAGCCUCGGAUUUCUUUGAUUGUCUGUUACCUUCCUUCUCUCUUCAUCUCUCACCAUUCAGAGAGCUUUAGUCUACCUCAAGUAUCUUGUCAUUCUCUAACACACAUAUACACAUACCAUCCCAUACCAAUCAAUCAAUCACCAUGCCUAAGAUCAACGAGAUCUUCUUUGACUGUGACAACACCCUCGUCCUCUCCGAGGAGUUGGCGUUCGAGGCGUGCGCAGACCUUGCCAAUGAAAUCCUGGCCAAGCGCGACUACCGUGAUCGCUACACCGGCGAGCAGCUCAUCCAGGACUUUGUCGGCCAGAACUUUCGUGGCAUGAUGGUCUCUCUGCAGGCCAAGUACAAGUUCGACAUGUCCAAGGAAGAGCUCGAGGAGUACGUCAAGAAAGAAGAGGACGAGGUGAUCAAGAAGCUCGAGGCCAAGGCCCAGCCCUGCAUUGGGGUCACCGCUGAGCUGGAGAAGCUCAAGCAGUCUGGCAAGUACGCCAUGGCGGUCGUUUCGUCUUCGGCUCUGCGCCGGGUCCUGGCCUCAAUCAGGAAAGUCGGUCAAGACAAGUACUUUGAAGAGAAGCACGUCUUCAGUGCCGCCAGCUCGCUUGACAAGCCUACCUCCAAGCCCGACCCCGCCAUCUACCUUCACGCUCUGGAGGUCUGCCGUCGCCGCGCGGACGAGGUGGUGGCUGUCGAGGAUAGUAAGUCCGGUGCCCUGAGCGCUAUUCGGGCCAACAUCCCCGUCAUUGGCUACGUUGGCAGCUAUAACGGUGUCGAUAAGCAGAUGGAGAUGGCCAAGAGCCUGAAGGACCUGGGUGCCAAGGUCAUUAUGAAGGACUGGGCUGAAUUUGAACAGUGUCUCCAGGAAAUCGAGGCUCUUUGAUUGGGGAGGGAACGCGGCGUUUACAUUUCCUUCCUCUGUUUUCUUUUUUCCCUCUCGAUUCCACAUGAGUUAUGACAGCGAACGCACCACUGGUCGUUACGGCGCUUUUUUUUUUCUUUUCU